CUUGAAAAAGGGCACUAAGCUUGAGCUGCCAUGGUUUGCUUUUCGCUGCCGAUGCUCAGCCUUUGCUUGGCCUUGCCGCUGGUUUUUGCAGACUUCAACGGCACAGAGGAGUUUCCUGGCGCGUGUAGCAUCAGCACGGGCGGGCAGCACCUCUGUGCUUUGGAGCAGGCCACAGGCCAUGUGCUGUGCUGGGGCAACGGCGACUUCGGGCAGCUGGGCGACAACUUGGCCACCUCCUCCAUGACACCAGUUCGUGUUCAAGGCCUGGAGGCGGCAGUGGUAGUGACGGCCGGCGGCCUGCACUCCUGCGCCGUGGAGCUGGGCGGCGUUGCCAAGUGCUGGGGCAAGGGCGAGGACGGCCAGCUGGGCUUUGGCGGCCGCAGCCGGCGCCACGAGGCCCGGCCUGUGGCGCGCCUGGGCCCCACUGCGGACAUCCGCGCCGGGGGGUCCCACACCUGCGCCUUGGAGGUGUCCGGCGCGGUGCGGUGCUGGGGCUGGGGCGAGUUCGGGCAACUCGGGGACGGGCACACUCUGGACAGCCUCUAUCCCGUUCGGGCGGCGGGCCUGGAGUCGGCCAUCGCUGUGUGUGCUGGCGGCUUACAUAGCUGCGCUGUGGAACACACUGGUUUCGUCAAGUGCUGGGGAUGGGGCGAGCGCGGACAAUUAGGGAAUAGCAGCGAGCGAGACAACAGCCCGGUGCCCGUCCUUGUCGAAGGGAUCGAGGAUGCGGUCUCCGUGGCUUGCGGGUACCAGCACUCCUGCGCCCUGGUGGCCAACGCGAGCACGCUGUGCUGGGGCCAGGGCAUCGAUCUGCAGCUGCAGCGGCCCGACGAGGUCUGGGCCAAGACGACCCGCCGCGUCAUGCGCCUGGACGAGAUCCUGGCGCUGCAGUCGCCGAUGCCCACCGCCCCCAUGAAGUCGGUGUGGUGAGCCUGGACGAAUUCGGAAUGUUCGAUUCAGCGAGUUUGGACACCUGACUCAGCUGGUGGGCUAGAAGUAAACAUGGAAAUCGGCGGCUGUGGUUCGCCAUGCUUCAUGAAUUGCUGCUGUGGACAGGGAGAGAAAGCCCUGUGAGCUGCCACGAGUGCAGAUGGGAGUGUUGAGAGGAAAGGCACCGAGUGCGCAAAGUGCACCGGGUGCAGAGGGUGAGUGAAACUUUCCGCGGUGAGCGGACUGGCCAGCCAGCCGUCAACUCUGCGCAUGCUAUCCGCUGGAAUUGUAGCCUACUUGUAGGAGGUGCAAUGCGCUACAUGCUCAUGCAGCGCUCCCUCCGGUGUGCAUCCGUGCGGCAAACACAU